UCAUAAACAAUCUGCACUCAUUCAGGCUGUAAGAUGCUCUCAGUGUGUGAUCAAGAGUUAAGACUGGUUUCUCUAACUUUGACUUUAAGUCUGCCAGUCUAAGCUCUUGUGCUCCUCACUAUGGAUUUGGAUUCCAGCUUGGAUUCUUUCCUCUUUGAACUGAUAUUGUUAUGACCCCUGCUUUGUUAAUAAGGACCUGGAUUUGGAUGUCGAUUCUCCCCUCAGGCCUAAAGUUCCACCUCGGCUUGUCACUAGUCUCCUGCCCUGACAUCAGCUUUAUGCUCACUGGAUUCACCUCUGUCCUGUUUCCUCUCAUUUGACUGCUGUACUCAGAUCACUCAAGAUGUUUCCAUGUGAAAGCCCCCCUGAAAUACCAAAGCUCCGCCAGCAGGCUGCCUGCUCCCCACACCAACUCACCCACUGUGCCUUGGGCUUGAAGUGUUGCCACGACAACCGCUGAGAUUGCCACCCAUCUUGUUGAGCAUGCAGGCCUCACUGGGGCUCCUUCCUGAAACUUGUUUUUCUCUUUCAGCGCCUGACGGCCUCUAUCUUUGUAUCUCCUCAAUGCUCCUCUAAUGUGGACAUCAAAAAGCAUGACACAGUGUCACAGGUGUGGAAUGCCCCAGGGGGGCUCACAUGGGGAGGACGAGCCAGAGAGCAGCAGGGCUCGCCCCUUCUGAACUGGAAAAGUCCCUCUCGGACUGAAAAAGAGCUUGAAACCAAAGGACGCCUGGCAGAGGACUGAGGGAUGGACAGCAGGGACAACAUCAUGUUAGCCAGUUGAAGGGAUCCUACAUGGCCUCCCGUGAGACAGACUCGGCUUCCAAUGGCUCAAGCGUGGAAGGUAAAGGUGGAGAUGAAAAUUGGGAGGACAAUGAGCACUCUAGAAUGGAGACUCUGUGUGUGAAAACACUGAGAUCUAGACAGAAGAAUGCAUCUGGAGAGGGAAGCUCCAACAACAUGGAACAGCUGGUGAGACCUCCUUUACCUGGAAGGAAAGCACACAGAAAGACCUGCCCUGAGGACAUCCAAGGAAGAUGGAGGGAAGGAGGUCCAGACAGGGAGGAGGGCAAACAAGGAUCUCCACUUUUAGGAGGAAGAAAAGUAGAAAAGCAAAGGAAAUUUGAAAGAGCGGACACACAUGAAGAAACAGCCCAGGAGAGACAUCCAAGAGAAAGCAUUAAAAGUCUGACUGGCAUUUUGGAAGCUGGAGCAAACCACUCACACAGGGGACCCUCGAGUCCUGAACCUCCAGGCCUUGGCUCAACCCAGACUCUCCCUGCCAGUUUAAACCCUCAGUUCAGUCAGGCUGCCGUCCAGAGCAAAUUCACACCUCUGUCAUCGCUCAGACGUUCUCCAGCAGACGUGCUCAGCGACACACGCACUCCUUCAAGAAAUCCAGAUGCAUUGUGGGUGGAGGUGAGAACAUGUGAACAACCCAUUCAAGGCGGUCAAACACACAUCCCACCUCUCACCCUCUCGGAGCCAGAGGAAGAAGAAGAGGAAGAAGACCUGGAUGAGGAGACGGCAGAAGAGGAAGAAGGCAGAAGACUGACAGAAGUCAUGGCCCAAGCCUCGACCUCGGCUAGGGUGAAGCCAUGCGGCCUCGCUGGAGAGAGGAGGAUGAGUAAAAGAGAGAAGAACAGGAUGAAGAGUCUGAGAAGAAGGCAGAGGAGAAGAGAGAAGUGGAGACAGCAGGAAAACAAACAGAGUUUAACUGGUAUUCAAUCCAGCAGCAGCAGCAGUGAGGAUGAAGAGUCUCUGAGCAUGAAGAAGAGAGAAGGCUUUAUCUGCGCCGUCUGCUUGGACGUAUACUUCAGUCCAUACAUCUGCCAUCCUUGCAAUCACAUCUUCUGUGAACCGUGUCUGAGGACGCUGGCGAAGAACAGCCCCACCAACACGCCCUGCCCGCUGUGCAGAACGGUCAUCACCCACGUCUUCUUCCAGAAAGAACUAAACCAGGCAGCACGGACGUUCUUCCCAAAGGAAUACUUAACCCGGAAACAGAACUUUCAGAAAGCAAGCUGUGCAAAGUGGCCUCUCCCAAGCUGUAGGAAAAUCUUCCGCAUUUUUGGAGCAGGCUUCCAGAGACAGUCCAGUCCAAUUCCGAGACGCCAGUUUCCCCACGGAGGAGGCUACCGCCUGAACAGCAUGGACUUUGAGGACGAAUCUCGAGGCUGGAGAUUUGACAUGGACAUGGGUGUUGAAAAACAAGUCAGCAGGCACCAAGAGGAAAUAAACAUGGACUCAGCUUUGGGAAGUGAACAGGAAAAAGAUGACGAAAUCAGCACAUUUCAUCAUUUUACUCUAAUUUUUUAUGUAUUUCUAUAAAGUAUAUGUGCAGAGCUUCAUGAAUACUUCAAUCUGUUACAGCUUUUUAAGGAUAAAAAAAUGAAUGAUGUAAAAACUCUUUGUGUGUGUGUGGGGGGGGGGGUGCAUGGGUUAAUAACUUUUAACGUCCACCAAUUUUUUUUUAAAAUAACAUUACACUCAUAUUUUGAGAUUUUAGAAAGAUCCAAGUUUUGAGUUGUUAUCUCUACUAGUAAAAGAAAAGAGAAAAGGAUGUUAAACAGCUCUUAGCCAAACCUGAAAAAGACAAUUUCACAAGUAUUAGUUUUUGUGUCAUUUCUAUUGAAGGUUCUUUGUUGCUUGUUUUGACAAAUUGUAUUGAUGUUUUGACUCAGCCAUCAGGAAUGGAAACGCUUCUAAGAAAACUGCCAGGACUAAAAUAAUAUAUAUUUAGGAUGCAAUAAACUAUAAAAAAAA